AUGUUAUUUGUUUUACUACUAUUGCUAGCAUGCAAAACAAUAUCAAGUGAAGUGACUAAAGAAGUUCAAUUAUUGAAUGAGUUAUCCAUAGAAAAGUUAUUGCAACUGAAAAAUUCGUUCAAGGAUAUGACAACAGAAUACUACAAUACUACAGUGACUACACCAAGUUAUAUGGAAAAUUUCGGGGCACAAGCAAUGGCCAUGCGAGCUCCUCCCAUAAAAAGAGCAGACUAUGAAGAUGGACUGUACAAGAAAGAAGGCAACAGUAAGCUAAGCAAUAUAUUUUCAAUGUCAGUGACCACAUUGGCGUUUUUGGCAUUCGGUGGAUAUUUGUUAUGUUUGAUAGUACAUGCAAUGAGGGCGAAACAUAAUACUACGUCCGUGGUAACUCCACAACCGACGAUUUUUGUAAAUGCUGGCAUAAAACGACCACAAACGCAGUUCGCUGCAUCAUAUGGUCGGAGAAAGAGGGAGGUGGAGAAUUUACCUGAAGUGAUUUUGCCGCCAGAAGAAAUGUUUUCAGCAUUGUUGCAAGUCUGUGAGGGUUAUGUUAAAUGGAAUGAAAAUAACAAUUGA